CGGGGCGCUCAGGGAGCUUUAAAGAGCUCCAGGUCCCACCCAGGCCCUGCUGCCCCGGCUCCCCACCAUGGCCGAGACCGCCAAGCUCCAGCUGUUUGUCAAGGCGAGUGAGGACGGCGAGAGCGUGGGUCACUGUCCUUCGUGUCAGAGGCUCUUCAUGAUCCUGCUUCUCAAGGGCGUGCCCUUCACCCUCACCACCGUGGACACCCGCAGGUGCCCAGAUGUGCUGAAGGACUUUGCCCCGGGCUCACAGCUGCCCAUCCUGCUCUACGAUGGUGAAGCCAAAACAGACACACUGCAGAUUGAGGAGUUUCUGGAGGAGACGCUGGGCCCCCCAGAAUUCCCCAGCCUGGCCCCCAGAUACCGAGAGUCCACGGCCGCGGGCAACGAUGUCUUCCACAAAUUCUCUGCCUUCAUCAAGAACCCGCUGCCCGCGCAGGACGAUGCCCUGUACCAGCAGCUGCUGCGCGCCCUCGCCAAGCUGGAUGGCUACCUGCGCGCGCCCCUGGAGCACGAGCUGGCACGGGAGCCGCAGCUGCGCGAGUCCCGCCGCCGCUUUCUGGACGGCGACCAGCUCACGCUGGCGGACUGCGGCCUGCUGCCCAAGCUGCACGUCGUGAACACGGUGUGCUCGCACUUCCGCCAGGCGCCCAUCCCCGCGGAGCUGCGUGGCGUCUGCCGCUACCUGGACAGCGCCCUGCAGGAGAAAGAGUUCAAGUACACGUGCCCGCACAGCGCCGAGAUCCUGGCGGCCUACCGGCCCGCCGUGCGCCCCCGCUAGCGCCCGCCUCCGCCGCCACGGCGCCCACUCCCCCGCAGCCCCAUACAGGCAUCGCCUCCGUGUGUGUGUAGGGACGUCCCGGCCCCCAGGCCCGCAAGGUCUGCCACCCCCAACUGCCACUGUGAGCCGCGCCGCCUCACACCACAGCCCAGAAGGACAGGCAGAGCGCCCGGUCUGCGGUCCGCCUGCCCAGAGAGCGGGCGCGGUCAGGGAUGGCGUCAGGGAUGCAGGGACUGGAUUGGGCUCCCAAACCAGUCAGGCCAGGGCGGGGCGGCAGGACGGCCGAGGAGGGUGGGAGCUGGGCCCCGGCUGGGCAAGGGCGGGCCUCCAUUCCUCAGUUCUGCCCCAGGUGGCAGGCAGGCAGGCAGGCAGGCCACCCCCAUCUCCCACAGGACCUCCUGAGUUCAUCUGUGUGGGGCCUACAUCAGCGAGGCAGGGCUCCAGCCCCUCGGCAGCCCCGCCCCGCCCUGCCCCCGCCCCGCCCGGCACAGCCCCCCCCCAGCUUCUGGGCUGGCCAGGCAGGAGCAGGCCACCAGGGAGCAGAGCCUCGGGCACCUGUUUAGGUGCUGCAGCCCGUGAUGGCAGGCGGGGGAAUCCCUGAGCCCUCUCCCGGAGCCGGAGCCCAGCCAUGACCUCGGCCAGAUAAAGAUGUUUAUUUGCUGGGGAAGGGGCUGGGGGAGCAGGUGUUUUCGUGCUGGGCAGCAGGAUGGGCAGGCGCCCGUGGCAGGGCCUCAGGGGCUGCCCCUCCUCUCAUGGACAGACUCCUGAGGGCCAUGACCGCACUCUUUGCUGCACUUUCAGGGGUCAUCGAAGUCUACACCACCAGCGGGUUUCUUCCUGGGAGAGAAGAGGGGGUGGCAUUAUGGGGGUGGAGGGGCUAAACCCUGGGCACAGGAGGCAAGGGUGGCGGGGCACCUCUUGAAGCCGGGGUUGAUGAGAGACUCUCCUGGGCACCAUCUCUUGACCCCAGGUCCAGGGCCACCUCUCUGAGGAUCCAGGUCUGGGGGAAACAGGAAGGGGGGGCUCCUGAAUCCAGCGGGAUCCGAGGGCCACACACAUAGAUCCUUCCUCUGGAGGCUGAGCCUUGCUCUGGGGAAACCGAGCCCCAAUCCAAGUCCUGGUAACAGGCCUUACCUGGCAAGAAGUGCUGAGAGCCCACCUGCCAGGGGCUCUUGCGGGGGCUGGUGGAUGUCUCCUCCUCCGCAGCUGGGGGAAAGCAGAAAUGGAGGCGCGGGUAGGGGGACCUGAGAGAAGAUGUGAGACCCCCCCCACCCCCCCCCACCGCCACCCCCGCUUACCUGCCAGCUGCCGCUCCAAGCUGCACAGGCGCUCUGCCAGGCCCAGUGUCAGUGCCCGCAACCUGGAGGCUGCCUCCGGGCCAGGCACCUUGGAGAGGUCAAAGUCCAGCGGUGAGGGCCCCCCAGAGAGGGUCAGGGAUGCCCUGUCGUCCUGGAAGGUGAGAGUCACAGCUUGCUGCUCACAGGCUGCCCUACGAAAGGAGGGGGCCUGAGUGCCGUGGGCAGACCCACUCGCUCCCCCCGACCCUUCCUCCCUGCUCAGGGGCUCACCUGAAGCGGGGGGUGAUGUCUUCAGCCGCACUCAGGCCAAAACGGGCUUUCUACGGGGCACAGGGACUGGUCACCAGGUGCCUGGGACCCUAGAACCACUGGGGACACCCCAAAUCUGCCCGACCCAGAGCCGCGCGGGACCGAUUUUGGGACUAGAGCUACAGAGCUGUGGGAAGGGCGCUCAGACCCUUCCGGGGGGGGGGGGUCCCAGACCCUUCGAUCCCAUAGGCGGGCAGCGCUGCCGUGUGGGGUGCUGGGGGCGACCGGCCGUCCGGAAGCCCCGUUACCCACGAGGGCCGCCAGGCUGUCCGGCGUGAAGCAGGUGCUCCAAAGCUCCGCGGCGUCCGUCACACUGCGAGAGAGACGGGCUGUCAGGCGGCCCGCACAGCUGCGGGCACCCCUCACCGCCCCGCAGGCCCCGCUACUCACUAGAGGUUGAAACCGCCACGUCCCCCGGCCCCACUUCCCUCCCCCUCGCAGUAGCACACGAAGCGCGGGGGUCCAGGGCCCGGCGGCAGCGUGCAGAGCGGCGGCGGCGGCAGGGGCGGCGGCACCAUGGCACCUAGGCGGACGGAGGGACCCGGCGGGCACCGCCGUGGGCCUAGGGCGCCUGCGCGGGUGGACGUCUUCCGGCGCGGGGGCGGGGCCUGCGCCGGAGGGCGGGCUUGGGGGUGGGGCAGAGGCGAGCGUGGCCCACCGGGUCUGCACGGGGCGGGGCUUAGGGUCCCGGACUCGCGGGGUGGGCGGGGCUUAGGGCGUGGGCGGGGCUCACCAGGAGGGGCUUAGUUAUGAGGCGGUGCCUGAGCCGGUUGAGGCGGGGCUUCGCGCUCGGGGCGGGGCUCCCGGGCUGACCUGUCCUGAGCGCCUUUCCCCCAUGACAGGGGCUGCGCAGCGCGGUCCCCUUGGGUGCCCCUGGAGCCUUAUCCACGGCUGAGUCCUGGGUUCCCUCCUUCACGUAAACCCUGGCCGGGCGCAGGCCCCAGCAGCCACCGCUCAGGCCUCAGAUUGCUUUGACCCCUUUGCUGGUCCCUGCGGCUUCCCCCUGGCCUCUGCUUCCCAUGGUCACCUGUAACAGGUCAGAACACGAAAGUGAAUAAAGCAUGGCGCAAGUGCA